AUGAUCAAAAUUUUAAGAAAUAUUAAUAAUAAUAUAGUUAAUAGAUAUGAUGGAUUAAAUAAAAGUUAUUUAAAUAUAAAUUUUUAUUGUUCUACAACUAACAAUAGUAGUGGUAAAAUUGACUAUACAAAGUUAAUACCAGAGAAUGGAAAUAUUUCAAAAUCAAUUACAGAAAAGAUUGGUAAGAAUUUACAUUGUAAAAGAGAUCAUCCAUUGAAUAUUAUAAAGAAAAAGAUUCAAUAUCAUUUUCAAAAUAAAUUAUCAGAUGAAGAACAUAAAUUCCAAUUCUUUGAUUCAUUUGAACCAAAAGUAAGUGUUAAAGAGAACUUUGAUGAAUUAUUAUUUCCAGUGGAUCAUGUUGGAAGAAGUCCAAAUGAUACCUACUAUUUCAGUAAGGAUCAAUUGUUAAGAACUCAUACAAGUGCACAUCAAUCUCAACUUUUACGUGAGCAAGAAAAAGCAUUCUUGGUAACAGGUGAUGUCUAUCGUAGAGAUACUAUCGAUGCUGUACACUAUCCAGUUUUUCAUCAAAUGGAAGGUGUAAAAGUAUUCAAAGAUAAAGUAAAUUUAGCUAUAGAUGGUAAACCAUUCGAUGAAACCAUAGAUUACUAUGAAGAUAAUAACUAUAAACAAUUGCAAUCAGUAAAAGAUGUUGAAAAAGAUCUUAAACAAUCAUUAGAAUCAAUGAUACGUAGUGUCAUUGGUCAAGAUUUACAAGUUCGUUGGAUUGAUGCUUAUUUCCCAUUCACUUCUCCUUCAUUUGAAAUGGAAAUUUAUUUCCAAGGUCAAUGGUUAGAAGUUUUAGGUUGUGGUGUUGUUCAUCCUUCAAUCAUGAAUAAUUGUGGUUUAUCGAAUGAUAGAGCAUGGGCCUUUGGUAUUGGUUUAGAAAGAUUAGCAAUGAUCCUAUUCAAUAUUCCUGAUAUUCGUUUAUUUUGGACUGAAGAUAAUAGAUUUCAUAAUCAAUUUAAAGGAGUUGAUAAGUCUAUCAGUACUUCAUCUUCCUCUUCCUCCUCCUCCUCCUCCUCCUCCUCCUCAACAUUAUCUGAUAUAGAUAUUAAAGGUGUUCAAUUUCAACAAUUUAGUAAAUAUCCAUCAUGCUUUAAAGAUGUUAGUUUUUGGUUAGAAGAUGAAGAAAACUUUCAUGAAAAUAAAUUCUAUGAAUUUGUUCGUGAAUCAUGUGGUGAUUUAGUUGAAAGAGUUGAUUUAGUUGAUAAUUUUACAAAUAAAAAAUUAAAUAAAACUUCUCAUUGCUAUAGAAUUUAUUAUCGUUCAAUGGAUAGAAAUUUAACAAAUGAAGAGAUUGAUAUUCUUCAAUUUAAUUUACGUGAAAAAUUAGAAAAUCAUUUAUCUGUUAAAUUAAGAUAA